AACAUUAUGGGACUUUUCACUGAUUUUAUCAUCUGGAGUAAUGGUCUUCUCAAUAAGCUGCACAAGUUGAGGUGUCACAUUUACACCUUGCACAAACUGUGCAGACCGAGUUGCGCAAGUUUAAUGCUUGAGGUUAGAGGGUUCAUAGUAACAGUCCUGCUUUCCAUAUCAAGCACCUCUAAUAAUGGGGAACUGGUCUGUCCUUAACCUGAAUUCUAGAGCCUGAACUAGAACAGAUCAGAUAACAAAGACAAGCUUUAGUUCAACAGGGAUUUUUUGCUGAGCUACUUUUACUAUCAAUAGGAGGGGACCGGCAUUCUCUGUCUCUCUCACUCAGUACAGACCUCUUAAAAUAGACAGGGCAACUCAAGAAGCCAUUUUGCCUCCGGUGGAAAAACACAUCAGGGUCUGCGGUCUGGGAUUGCGACAGCACUCAUCCUGUUGACCCGUUACACCCUGACAGUCUAGCUUUCUUCAUUCUGACCAAGAUCACCAUCACUCUGGAAACUUGCAUAACUCAUCUCUACUCUCUUCCUCUCUACAAUCCGUUUUCAUUUUUUUCCACAGCAUUCCUUCUGGCAUGAUUAAAGCAUGAAGAAACUAAUGUCUUUAGCCCAAAAACUCUGCCCGGGAUCACGGGAAGACCUGGACCUGAAGAAACCGAAUGGAGCCUGCAAUGGUCCAGAGCCGCAGGAGGAGAAGAUGAUCAUGAGGAGGGAGAUUUCCCUCGCUAACGGCAUCUGCUUAAUUGUGGGCAACAUGAUUGGCUCGGGUAUUUUCGUGUCACCCAAAGGUGUGUUGAUGUACAGCGCCUCCUACGGCCUCUCGCUGGUCAUCUGGGCUCUCGGGGGCAUAUUUUCUGUGUUUGGCGCACUGUGUUACGCAGAACUUGGAACCACUAUUACAAAGUCUGGCGCUAGUUACGUGUACAUCCUGGAGGCCUUUGGGGGUUUCCUUGCUUUCAUUCGCCUGUGGACGUCCAUCCUGCUGGUUGAGCCGGCCAGCCAAGCUGUCAUCUCGCUGACGUUUGCCAACUACCUGGUGGAAGCGCUCUACCCAACCUGUCAGCCUCCGUACGAUGCCGUGAGACUGAUAGCAGCGGCUUGUCUCUGUAUUCUAAUCUUCAUAAACUGUGCUUAUGUGAAGUGGGGCACUUUGGUUCAAGAUAUUUUCACGUACACCAAGAUCAUGUCUCUACUCCUCGUCAUCACAGUGGGCAUCAUUAAGAUAAUUAACGGAGAAACAAAGAACUUCAAUAGUCCAUUUGAGGGUUCCUCCACAGAAGCGGGCAGCAUUGCCCUGGCUCUUUAUUCAGCUCUGUUCUCCUACUCUGGCUGGGACACGCUCAACUUUGUUACUGAGGAGAUCCAAAACCCUGAGAGGAACCUUCCCAUCGCUAUAGCCGUCUCAAUGCCAAUAGUGACAAUCGUCUAUCUACUGACCAACGUGGCAUACUAUGCCGUUCUGGACAUGCCUUCUUUCAUGGGUAGUGAUGCAGUGGCUGUAACAUUUGGAAAUCAGGUGCUGGGCCCCAUUAGCUGGAUCGUUCCCAUCUCUGUGGCCAUGUCUUGCUACGGGGGACUCAAUGCAUCCAUCAUUGCUGCCUCCAGGUUGUUUUAUGUGGGGGCGAGAGAAGGCCACCUUCCCAACAGCUUAAGUCUGAUCCACUCUGAGCGCUACACUCCUGUACCUGCACUUCUCUUCAAUGGCGUGAUGGGUCUGAUCUUCCUGUGUGUGGAGGAUGUGUUUCAACUCAUCAACUACUUUAGCUUCAGUUACUGGUUGUAUGUGGGUCUGUCUGUGGCUGGACUCAUUUACCUGCGCAUCACUCAGCCUGACAGACACAGGCCGGUCAAGCUCACAUUGUUCUUUCCCUUCAUCUACUGCCUGUGCAGUGUGUUCCUUGUGAUCGUUCCUCUGUACAGCGACACCAUUAACUCUCUCAUAGGAAUUGGCAUUGCUCUGUCUGGAGUGCCGGUUUAUUACCUGUGUGUCUACCUGCCUAAAGAGAAACGACCAAAAUGGAUUGGUAAACUAAAUGAUUCUGUCACCAAAUACACUCAGAUCAUGUGCUAUUGCUGCUUAACUGACCUGGACGUGGAGCCAGAGAAGUUGGCAGAACCGAAGAGUCAAUAACUAUUUCAAGAGGACGUGCCUGGAGCACGGAUUCCACCUCUGAGGAAAAAAAAACAGAAACUAUUUGUCAAAAACAAUACCUCAUGGAUUUAUAAACUUCUGGUACAUCGUUUAAAUUAUGUCAGGGAUAUCUCUUUUGCCAUUUUGAGACUAUGGUAUAGACUCUUGAGACUUUCUUGUACAAGAAAAUGCACAUUUCUUUUUAUACUCCUCGUUAGAUGCAGUAAAAAAAACAACAACUUUUAAAUACCGAAUUGUGAAAUUCAAAGAUAAGUGAUUUUGUCAUUUUGAUAUUAGUGCACUUUUUUUCUGUAUGAUAACUACACUUAGGGUCUGGCUGUCUGCAUUUGAUAUCCUUUGUUCGUUUGAAAAAAGAAAACAGGAAGUAUCGCAUCGACGUCACUGAAUACGUCUUGAGUGUUUGUGUAAUUAAGUUCUUAGUGAGUGAUCAGUUUUGACUUGUCUUUUUUUGCCUUACAGAUGUUAUUUGAACACCUUAAGAGAUAAUUGCUGGGAUGAUUUUGCAUAUAUUGUGAAUGAUGGGCCAUGACUUGGAGAUUUGCCCAGAUGGCUAAAGCUAAAAAUAGAGAAAACUAUGGCCGUCUGGAAGCUCCAGUGUCAGAUGUCUGGGUGAUGAUUGUGAGGGAUGUGUUUAGCCUCUGACGCACAACAUGAGACAAUUAAAACAUUAUGAAAUUAUUAGAUCUUAUUUCUAUCUGUCUCACGCCACUGUCAGAGUAUGUCCAACUUUUAUCUAUUUGGCUUGCUUUACAGUGAUGCAUUUGGUUAUCGUUGAGUAGUGAUCUUUAAGAUGUCAUGGGUAAAUGUAAAAUCUGUCCAUACAAAAAACAUCGCCAUAUAUCAUAAGCUUUAAAAUAAAAAUGUCUUUUACUUUUCUGUAUCUGUUUUGAAAUGCGAACAAUUAUAGGCUGUGAUUUGCAAUUGACAUUUAAUUUAUAUGCCUAUUGCAACCUGUUUAUUUCGAAACAACUCUUGUUUUUUUGUGGUCUUUGGUUGCUGGUUUUAUACAGUGAUUGAAAUAAAAGUAAAUCAGAGGAUGUGUCAUAACAGAGCUGAACUUCUGACUUUACUGUGUCAUGGAA